AUGCUCCGGACUACUGUAGUUUUGGCAAUUUCUCUGUCUGUUAUUGUCAUGGCCGAUAAGGAUAUAAUGACAAUUUGUGAACAAGGAGGAGAAUUCGGGCCUUCAACUGGUGGGUUGUGUGCCGUUGGGGCUAUCAAUGUACUAAACGGAAUGUGUUGUCGUGAAAACAAAAUCCGCGAAGUGCAAUGCUCAGAUAAAACGGAUCAAAAUGGCCAAAGUUUGUGUCCAUUGACAAGAAUCGGAUGUUUAAGAAAUCUUUUGGGUUCGCUGAAACAGGAAAUUGAUUUUUGUGCGAAAACUUGCCAAUUUUGUCCCAUUCCCAGUUUCGAUUGA